AUGGCCGCCUCCAAAGCACUGCUGGAAACAGCGGACACCGAGAAUGAGCGAUUACUCCGCACCCACCACCGCUCUCUUGCACCCUGCCCCUUCGUAUACGAGACCACUGAAAGUGAUGGUAAGAAGAUUUGGGUUGUGAGCGUCGCACCGAAUAUACCAAUGUAUGAUACUCACGCAGCCGGUCGAGAGAUCCACAUCCAUCCGGAGUUCUUGCUCCCCCAAUUAUCGCAGGUAUACAGCGGUAGUCGCAGUGACCCGAUAAAGCAUUGCAUAAAUCCAAGAAGAUUUCUUUGUGCUGCUGAUCUGGAGGCAUUGCAUCGGUUUUUCCCUGCGGCUAUUGGGGCUCGAGUCUUGAUCUCUGGGUUCAUUAUUAUACUAUUUCGGGACAGGAAGGAUGUCGAAUCAUCGUGGCUUGAGGGAUGUGUACCUUCAUUUGGUCUUCUUCGAUUGGGGUAUGAUAUUGCAGUGCAUUAUCCAAAUGAAGCGGUUCUGGAUAGUGGGAAUGCCGUUUCGGAAUCUCCAGGUAAUCUUGAUUCUAUCACGCCCUUGGGUUUGAAAUUGAAGUUCUCGGAUGGGUCAGAGGGGAUAACUGUUUCCACGCAUGCGUUUGUGGACGUGAAGACUCCAGUGAACCAUUGUAAUAAGGAAACAACCUUGUUUUCCAAAGUCAGAUCUACCUUCUCUCGAGCAACUGCUUUGAAAAUUAAGGAAUGCGUUAAGACGGGAUCAGCUGUGGAUUCACCUCUUGGUAAGAGUGUUUGGUUUGCGAAAGAGCCACAUGAGGUAGGACCACAUGAACAUCUUAUAUGA